AUGGACGUGUUUAGAUUCAAAGACAUAGUUCUUGUGUUUAUCUUAUCCUUCAUUUACACAGUACUUGAGCAUGGUGUCAUGGAAUUAGUUGUAAUGAUAAUGAACAAUGUCCAAUGGUUCACCAUAACUUUGCCCUAUGAGUUUCUAUGGCAACGUUACUGCAAUCCCUUCCCCUAUCAAAGCAUAGUUAGUCAGAGAGCUACGAACAAAGAAAUCCUUUUAAUUGAAAUGUUGCGUAAGUAUUUGGUGUCGUCUUCCGGUCUAUUCUUUCUGAGCCAGGUGUUCCAAUGGGUUAAUUGGAUCCGGAGAUUACGAUCCUUGGGUGAAGGCUUAGGGGACUUUAAGACCUACACAAUCAACAGCAAUGGAGUUCGGGGAAACUGGAUCUACUCUAAUAACCGAAUCUCUGCUUCAAAUCAUGAUAUCAUCAUCUUCUUUAUCCCUGGCGGGUUGAAUGGUUAUGGUAAGGGGAAUGCGGAAAUGUAUACGGAAUACCUUUCCAUAUUAAGUAUCAACCUAUUGGAACAAGGGUUUGGAAAUCCUUUGAUCUUUAUCCCACAAUCCACCGCUUCUCAUCAUUCAACUUAUACAGAGAUUAUACCUUUUCUACUCAAAAGUUAUCAAUAUGUGCUUAAACAAAGAGUGUCUCGCCAUACUCAAAUCGUUAUUGCUGGUGAUUCCACAGGAGGGACCCUUGCCUUAACCUUAUUAUUACAGAUAUCCCAACCUUCGCCGCUAAUAUCCAAGAUCAUUAAACACAACAUGGACUCAUUCCAAUGGAAGAAACCUCAAGCCAUCCUUUUGAUAUCACCGAUAUGUGAUAUCGAACGUACGACUUCCACCAGUAAAGGAUGUGACUAUAUUACAGCAACUGUAUUGUCCAAAUGGAGAAACAAUUAUGUUCCAGAUGCUAUUUUCGACUCUGAAUCAACAAGAUCAAAUGAACUGGUUUACUAUAAUCCUGGUAUGAACAGAGAUACACUUUCUUGGAAGAAAGCGAGGCCAGAAAUCGGUAUGUUUCUUAGCUUUGGAUCUGAAGAGUUGGUGGCUUCCGAUACUAUCAAGUAUGCGCUGUUUUUAAGUAGCAAAUGUCAUAUCAAACUAAGGCAAGACAGGCAAGUAGCCCAAAUCCACAAUUGGGCCCUUGUUAACUUUUACACCGAAGAUAGAGUUGAUCAUAGAGAAGUCAGUCUUCAGAUUUAUUCUGGGGCACUUUCCCGUAUGUUGCUUUGGAGUAGUUCCAGUUAUGUUAACCUGAGAAGCAAAGAACCUACCAAUGUUAUCAAGUUAGAUGAAGAUCAUACAUAG